AUGCUGCUAUUGGGGGACCUAAACGUCUCAGAGGUGCAAUGGGCGCAAGCCUGGGCACCCAGGAACACCUUCGGGCACCGACUGCUUGACUGGGUACAGAAGGGUUUUCUGGUACAACAUUUCGGCCAACCCACAAGAUGGAAGUCGGGGCAGGAACCAGGACUGCUGGAUUUCGUGUUCGCACGAUACCCGUAUGAGGUGGAGCAAUUCACGGUUGAGCCACCGCUGGGGAGGAGUGACCACGAGGUGAUCCACUUCCGAUACGUACUCAACGUGCCCAAAGCGCCCCACAAGAUGCGUCGAGUGUUUAGACGUAUCGACUGUGAGGCCCUAGUGGUGGCAGCCUCAAACCGCGAGUGGCAAGAGGAACACGAGAUGAUAGAAGAGGAAUGGGGACCUUCAAACCAGGAAGUAAAGGACUAUUUUUGCAGUGGUCGUAGCUAUACUCGAUCGCAUACCACCGAAGGAAUUCUGGACUUCCAGUUGGCCGUGGCCCUUUUCUGUACUGUGCAAACUUAA